CCCAAAAAUAUAAUUAUAAUAAUAAAAACCCCAUUUGUAUUCCUUUUGUAAAACUCCCCCGAACCCUUUUUAUAUCAAUCAAAACCCAGCCCAGCCUCUUCAUUGACUCUAUACAAUCGCUAUUCCCUCAGGUGAAAUAACGUAACUUAAAGAUGGAUGCUCGUAUCGAUAUAUCUGAAGAGAAUAGGUCUGCCGGGUCAAAAGUUUGUGGGGGGGCACCGUGCGGGUUUUCGGAUGCCAAAACUAGUUCACGAGAGGCGAGAGAGCGAUCGGCGUCUAUGUGGAAGCUUUGGGGUGGGGUUAUAUUGUGUUUCCUUUUUAUGGGUGUAGAAGUUUUUGGUGGAAUUAGAGCCCAUAGUCUUGCUAUUUUAACCGAUGCUGCUCAUUUGUUAUCUGAUGUGGCCGCCUUUGCUAUAUCGUUGUUCUCUGUUUGGGCUUCUGGGUGGGAAGCUACACCUCGUCAGUCUUACGGGUUUUUCCGGAUUGAGAUUCUUGGAACUCUUGUGUCGAUCCAAAUUAUAUGGCUGCUUACCGGGAUCCUUGUGUAUGAGGCUAUAGAUAGACUUGUUUAUGGUACGGUAGAAGUUGAAGGUAGUCUUAUGUUUGCAAUUGCUACUUUUGGGUUAGUUGUUAAUAUACUUAUGAUGUUCAUACUUGGUCAUGACCACGGACAUGGUCAUAGUCAUGGUCACGGUCAUGGUCAUGAUCAUGGGCAUCAAGAGCACGAUCAUGGUCACAGUGAAGAUGAUGUUGAGGAAGUGCAUAUCCAUGGAGUUAGUGUGACAACCCACCAACACCAUCAUCAUGGUCACGGUGACGAUCACCAUCAUGAUCAUACCCACGAUGAGCAUAGCGAGCCUUUGUUAAAGACGUACCCUGCAGAUAAAACCAAGGAAAAGAAGAAGAGAAAUAUUAAUGUUCAAGGGGCUUAUCUACACGUGUUGGGUGAUUCGAUUCAGAGUAUUGGGGUGAUGAUCGGUGCUGCAGUUAUUUGGUACAACCCGAAUCUGAAAAUCAUUGACCCCAUAUGCACAUUGUUAUUUUCCAUUAUAGUGUUGUAUACCACUAUCAAUAUGGUGCGUGAUAUAUUAGAGGUUCUGAUGGAAAGCACACCGAGGGAAAUAGAUGCAACGAGUCUGGAAAGGGGUUUAUGUGAGAUCAAUGAGGUGGUUGCUAUUCAUGAACUCCAUAUCUGGGCUAUUACAGUCGGGAAAGUGCUGUUAGCUUGCCAUGUAAUUAUAAGGCGUGACGCUGAUGCUGAUAUGGUGCUCGAUAAAGUGGUGGACUACAUCAAAAGGGAGUAUAACAUCAGCCAUGUCACAAUUCAGAUAGAGCGUGAAUAGAUCAGGUAUUUGAUGGAAGUUUAAGCUGUUAUUGUGAAUUCUUUUCAUUAGUUUGAUGAUUAUGGUAGAAUUCUAUCUAGAUCUUGCUGGCAGCUUUUUUGGACACGUGAUUCUUUUAGCAUUUCUGGCCAGUAUUAUGUGCAGUAAAUCAUGGCUUAAGGGCUUUAUUUUGUCAAUCAGUUCUAUUAUCCUAAGAGAAUUUAUUGGUUU